AGAAGUGCGCUUCUGUCGACUGUCUCUAGAUGUAUGCGGAAAUAUUGCGUACAUUUACACAGAUUCACGUUUCGGAGGUCCACAUUUUAAUUUCCUACGAUCUUUAGGCCAUCUUUUUUAAUCCCAGUAGGCUAACCCAUAACCCUCAGAUCUGCGAUGGCAAAUGGAGGUGUCCAAGUAUUCGCUUGCAUUUUAGCGUUUGUAGGACUUGUCUGCCUGAUUACAUCAACUUGUGUGAACGAAUGGAAAACUUACGGAUACUCAAAUGAGGGAAUAGUCAAAUCGCUCAAGGAGUAUGUCGGGCUCUGGAUGGAGUGCACAGUGCAUGGACCCAGGCAAUUGGAAUGCACAGUGUACGACACACUUGAUUCAGUUCUCUACCAACGUGGGGAGGUCCAGUGGACCAGGGCCAUGAUGAUCCUCAGCAUCAUUCUGUCCGUAUGUGGGUUGGCUGUGGCCAUGUUGGGCAUGAAGUGCACACUGUGCCUAGAUGCAGACAAGCAGGUGAAGAACAAAGUGGCGCUCGGUGGAGGGAUCCUUCUCAUUCUGUCAGGGGUCUGUGCAUUGGGGAUAGUGUCUUGGUAUGCCAAUGAUGUGAUCGCAAAUUUUCAUAAUCCUAAACCAGAAGAAAAAAGGUACUCCCUGGGAAGGUGUCUGUUUGUGGGGUGGGGUGGAGCUCUCUUGUCCCUCAUAGGAGGGGCGCUCCUGGCCUGCUGUAGUUUGUCACGUUCCACUUCACGCAGAAGCUACACAUCAUCGCCACCUCAACUCCCGAUGACCUCUGACAAGGAGUAUGUGUAGGAGUCCCACAGAACAUCCCACGGGACGAGCUCAGUGUCAUUCCCCUGCACUGUGAUCCUUUUCAGUCAUACCACAACACUGUUGUCCUUUUCAGCUAUCAACACAGUGUCAUAACAUCUUCUCAGCUGGUAGUGGAUUUUCUUGUCACAUGUCAAAUACAACCACUGACAUUCUCCAUACACUAAUCAAUAUUGAGGCUUACAGACUAUUCUAAAAUUAAUCCACGUUGUUGAAUCAAUUAUGUUUUUGUAUUUUUAUAUUUUGUAACAGUAUUUAAUGACAAUCAACCUGUAACAUAUGAAGGAUACUUUUGUUGCAGCUGUCAGCUUAACCAUGUUGUCAAAUGGAGUAAUAUUUGUUUGUUGUUUGUUUAGUCUAUCAUGUUUUUUUCUUCUUUUUUUAAUAAUCAGUAGUUGGAGUGGUCAUUUUGCAAAACUCAAUUACUACCUUGAUAUGGAGGUAAUCUUUGCUAAUUAACUUAGAUGUGAGCUUGUUAUGAAGAAAUCAGAUCAGACAACGUGUUUGUUUGCUGAUCUUUGUUCAUGUUGAAAACAAUAUUUUGUUAGUUUUUUACUAAUUUAUUUAAGAAAUAGACACGGAAUGAAAUAGAUGUCUUAGAUAUUUAGAGCACUGUAAGUUAUAUACAGUAAGCGCCUCAAAAUACAUUGUCUUGUUCUUGUUUCAAAUGUUUUAGUAAUUUAGUAUUUACAGUAAGAGGAACAUAACUUGAUCCAUGGACAUAUUCAGUUAGUGUAUCCCUUUUUAUUGGGAAAAAACAUCACUUGUUUAAUAGUAUGUGGCUAUGUCUGUAAAUGAUGAUUAUGUAGGCCUACAUAAUACUACUGUUUUUGUAUCAGUCUUGUGUUUUCAUAUGCAACCAGUUGUGGACAAGGUGAGACAUGUUGUGUCCUUUGCUAUGUCUACUUUGCCAUGUCUGACAUUUUAAUAAAUCGUUAAAAUGUUAUGUAGUCUACUUCAAUAUUUGCAUUGUAGCCAAUUCAAGAAUGAUUUGUGUGUUUAAUAAACAAUUACAG